UUCUGAAGCAACGUCGAUAGAAAAAAAUGUUCGGUAUAAUCAGAUCAGCCGUACAAGCUAGAGCUUUAUCUAGGGUACAAUCAUUUAAGCCUACCCUUUUGCAAGUACGCAAUUACAGCGCAGGACACGAGGAAGAAUCUUUUGAAGAUUUCACAAAGCGUUACGUUUCAUUCUUCGAUCAAGUUGAAGACCUUUUCGAACUCCAAAGAGGAUUGAACAACUGCUUCGCUUACGAUUUAGUACCCGCACCUGAGAUCUGUGAAUCUGCUAUCAGAGCAUCCAGACGUGUGAACGAUUUCAGCACCGCUGUCAGAAUCUUUGAAGGCAUAAAAGAAAAAGUUGAAAACCAAGGCCAAUAUGAGCAAUACCUUGACGCUCUCAAACCACUCAGAGAAGAGCUUGGCAUUCCAACUAAAGAAGAAUUAAAUGCGUAGAACAAAUUAUAAUACAAAUAUAUUUUCAUUAUUAAAAUCUAAAACGUAAUCUAACUAUCUGUGCUUAUCUCGCCUUCUAUUAAAAAGUGUAACUAACUAAAAAAAUACUCUACUUUGUCCAUUUAAAAAAACUUGAUUUCUUCCUAUUGUCAACAUAGUUAUCAUCCUUUGAAUGUCCUUGUCCUUGGUCUCCUUUCACUAUCGAGUUCCUCACACUCGCUCUUGACUUAGACCUACUUUCGUAGAAGCUAUUGACAGGUAUUUGGUGAUUGUGUGGUGAUGAGUUUUCUGGAACUACAUCGUUACUUAUAUUAUAUUUACUCAGCGUUGCUCUGACAUCCUUAAAUGUCUCUUGCGUGUUUGGUGAGCUUGCUCUCCUUUCUACCUCAAAUUGCCUCGCAUAAUAAUCGCUAGCACCUCUACUAAGUGUCAUAAACUUCUGGUGAUUAGGUGUUAAGUUAUUAUUAGUUUGUGUAUUAUUGCUAUUACUGUUAUUAUUGUUACCAGCUGCACUUAAUCCAGUAAUCGUAAAUCCUCUACGACGAUGUGAUGAUGAAUUUCUCGAUUGAGCAUCCAUACCAGAUGUAGCUGUACCCGAACUAGACAAACUAGCUUUUCUCAUAGUUCUACCAUCUUGUUGAUCACUCAACCACUCUGACUUAUUUGCUUUUGACGCUUCAUAGGCUGAAUUAGCCUUCCUUUUAUGCUUCUGUCGAGUUUCCCAUAAAAUUCUGGCUUCAUCUUGUAUUUCUAAACUCGCAUCAAAAAGUUCCAAAGUCGUAUGAUCUAAUGAUUUCCUCUUGAUAUGAUGAUCCCUAUUCUGUAAAUCAUUCAUUUGAAGUUUAUUGUAUAGAUUAGUGAGAUCAUUUGUAAAUGAUGCUAAUCCUCUUGAAUAAUCUAUACCAUUGAAUGAAUUUGGUAACGAUUCCCUAUAAAUAUCAUGCUUAUAAUUACUAAACCUUUCAUCCGAAGUUCUUUCAACAGAUUUUGCUAAUUCAUUUAUAGAUAUCUCUUCACUUGUUUCAUAUGAUGCAGCUGAAUCUUCGUUUCCAACAUAUGCGACAUAAUCAAUAAAUGCGAACCUCCUAUUACGAUCUUGUAAGAAUGGUGAAACUACACCCAUAAAAUGCUCUUUAUCACCCAAUUCCUCUUUAUUAUUAGCUAAAGCUUGAAUUAUUUUAGCAAUUAAAGUUAAUGUUCUUGAAACUGGGGGUGUUGGCGCUAUAUUAGUCAGACCGAAUAAAUUUGGGUUAAUUAUAGCAGGUACGAAUAAUCUUAAAAAAAUAAAUGAAUUUACUAACUGAGCUUUUCCCCAUCUUGCAUGACAUUGUUUCCUUAUAUUAUGAAAUAUUCUCCUUAAUUCAAUUGGACAUCCCACCCUUGAUUCUAUGAUACUAUUUAAAACCAAAUCAGCCCAAUAAAGUAAUUCGUCUUUAUCAGCUGGUCCUCUUUUUCUAUCAGUGUCUAAUUCACAUUCAACUUUCUUCUCUAUCAUUUCACGGAUAGGCUCUCCCAGACUAUCUUCCAACCAACCAGUUAAACGACUCAUAAAGUUCAUAUAACGAUCCAUUAAUUUGGUUAAUAUUGUGUUAGGUCGAAAUAUUGUAUUCUCAUCAGCUCUUGAUGACCAUAUUUCCUUAUAAGCAAGAUCAUUUAUGACUGACACUAAUAGUUCUGAAUCCACU